AGCUUUGUUCAAAUUGUUUUGACAUAUUUUCUCAUUAGGGUGCUUCCCUUCAAUUAGCUACUUUUCAUUUAAAUAAAUCAAUACAUCAAGUGCUAAAAUUGGUAGAUACUGAUAUGGAAGAAGAGGAGGAGAGGGCUUUACUGGAGGGGCAUGAAAACAGCAUUCAGAGGAAAUUUACAGAAUUUUUUGGGAAGAAAAAUGUGGAGGAACAGUGUGAUGAAGAAAAGUUAUCACAGCUAGCUGAUGUUUACAAGGCAAACAAAGAUGAAGAGAUGGACGAGGACCAGCUCUACGAGGCAUUCGAGAAAUAUCUGAAAAUUCAAAUGUCCAAAGAGGACUUCGCUCACCUCUUCAAACAAAUGGAUUCCAUGAGAGACGAGCGGAUAACAUGGGACGAGUUCAUCUCCUACCUUCUCUUGGAAUUCAGACUCACAGGGACAGCAGAACUCAAGUCUCAACCUAUGGAACUUCCCCUGAAGGGACCCCCGGAGUUGCUCGCCACUCGACAUCGCUCGGCUAUCUGUCGUAUCAUAUUCUCUCCGUACCUAUCAUCGGAAAAUAGAAAAUCCAACUUUCAGAGUGGGAGGUACCUCACAGUCUCCAAGGAUGGAACCAUCAACUACUGGUCCUUGGAUCUGGUCCACCUGAAGAGCGUUAAGUCAAUCAAUCCUGAUUUCAAGGUUCAAUCGACGAUUAUCACCGACAUCAUUGCGAUGCCAGAUGUUCAGGUGGUCUGCACGAGCUCCGUGGAGAGAGACCUGAGGUUUUAUGACACCGCCGCUGGAAAAUUUGAUCUGCGGAUUCGAAUUACCAGCCUGAGAGAUGCUGUGGUCUGCAUGGCUUACUACUUCAGUGAGGACAUAGCAGAGAAUUCUUACAUCAUUCUGGGAGACACGGGGGGUUCUGUCAGAGUAAUAACAUUCUCCCCAUUCGACAGGGGACCUUUCAAACAAACCCCUCAACGAGAGACUGUGGAAGCCUCUUACGAAAAUCUUCUCCAAGGACACAUCGGUGGACUCGCGGUAACGGAAUUCAAUCGCGUCCACAGCGAUUGGGUCUCUGAAGUAAAAUAUUCCGGAGGCCUCCGAGGUUUUCUCUCUUGUGCUAAAUGCUCGCAGUGCUCCUUGCUGUUGAGUGAUGCUAGUGGAACCAAAAUGAGAUACGAAUUCAGUGUGCACAUGGGGAUUUCUUGUUUCACCGUUUUUGAAGAAAAGCAACUCCUGUUGACCGGUGGUCCAGACUGCCUGAUUCGCGCCUGGAACCCCUUCGUCCCGCACAGACCUAAUGCCACCCUGCGGGGUCAUCGAUCUCCAAUUAGCUUCAUAGCGAUACAACCCCCUGGUUCACUAGCCUACUCACUGUCCAAAGAUCGAUGCAUCAAGGUCUGGGACAUAUCCUCCCAGUCGUGUGUACAAACCUACAACAGCCUCCCCAGCGAGCUCUCCGAGCGAACUCCAGUGUCAGUGAUUUAUAACUCUCUCACCCAAAAAUUAAUAAUCGCCAGCAUGAUGAUUGCCCUUGUCUCCUGUCAGAGGGUCAUUGAUGAGGAAAUAUCGGAUGGUGAGACACACACCAAGGGCAUCACCUGUUUGGUUUACAAUCCACUUUUCAAAAUGAUUGUUUCCACUGGAACUGACUCGUGCAUAAUGUACUGGGAUCCCUGGACGGGAAAGCGGAUCCACUGCAUCCCAAAUGCUCACAGCAAGAAAAAUUUAGGAUCCUGGGAGCAAAUUGAAAUCACUGCUGCUACUUUCGAUUACUCCCAUCAGCUGUUGAUCACUGGAGGGAGAGAUGGAUCAUUGAAAAUCUGGAGUUUUAAUUCCGGGUCCUGCAUUAAGAACAUGCUCGUGGAGGAUCAGUGUGCUAUAGCUGGAAUAAUUUGGCUGAAGAAUCGAAUACUGUGCGCUGGAUGGAACGCCUGCAUCGUGGAAUUCGCCGACACUGAGAGUGGCAUAUACCGGAAGUCCUGGGAGAAGAGACAUACGGAGGAAAUUCUCUGUGCUGCUGUAAGGUUUCCCCAGGCUCUAGUUACAGCCUCUUAUAAUGGUGAAUUAAUUCUGUGGAGGAUGGAGACUGGACAGCCUUACAGACGUUAUCAAGUGGAAAAUCCUACCGAAAGGUACAACAUUGUUUACAAAACGCGAAGAUGGGAAAUGUCAGAGGAUGCAGAACAAUCUGUUAAUUUCGAUCCCAUGAGAACAAAAAUCGAAUCGAAGGAAAAAUCAGCACUUGCAGUGAUACGAACUGUUUCUGUUAGAUGUGUUAUGUUCCUCUGCUCCAGGGAUAUGGCCCCCAACGUGGGGAGUUUAAUGGUAUCUCUCGACAACGGUUUCAUCCAAAUUUGGAGCCAUCAUGCAGUGGGGGGCUUCCUAAAUGCGUUUAACGUUAAGCAUGUCCCACGGGACUGUUGCAUCUGCAUGACGACUGAUCCAGGGAAUAAUUACUUAAUUACAGGACAUUUAUUUGGAUACAUCAAAGUCUGGUACAUUCGAAAUUAUGCGCUUCCCGAUCCUCCGAGGGUGAAUAUGCCCUCUUUGAGGGUGGAAUUUCCGUUUCUCUGGAAGGAUAGGGUUCCUGGUCGUGCGAAACGCGCCGUGAAAGACCAGCCACUACCGAUUCUUUUGACUUCAUUCAAAGGUCAUACGAAGCCCGUCACUGCUGUCCAAUACCUUCCAGAAGCUAAGAUCAUCGUCAGUGGUAGUAGAGACCACACUGUGAAGCUGUGGUCCAUAUCCGGGCGUUAUAUAUCGACUUUCGGAGCAGUGAAGCCAUGGAGAAGGCUUCUACCGGAUGUACCGGUAUCAGAAUACAUGAAAGAUUACAGUCUUCCUCCGGAUGUGAAGCGCAUAGGCUCGUCCACAACAAUUAAGGUGUUUGAAGGUGGAUACGUUGGUGCAAAAAUCGAAGACUUCGAAGAAAUGGAGAGCAUGAAAGAAGUUCCUGAUCAUGAGCGUCACUUAUUGUAUGGAGACCGGUUGAAAGAGCCAAUUCUUGGGCAGAGUUACAAGCCUGGCCCUCGAUUUAAGAUCGACGAGAAGCCAAAACUUGAUAACACACUUCCCUACAUUCCAGUUUACACUCAUCUGAGAAUCCCUGAUUUACUAUCGCUCCCCAAGAAACUCUCCCUGAAAGAAAAUCCACAAGCCCAGGAAGGAGUCCAUAAAAAAUAA